AUACCAGUGUCCGUUAGUAUCGAGAACAUGAAAGCUUUCAUUGUAUUGGCGGCCCUUGUAGCUUUGUGCUACGGCCACGCCCUGCCCACAUCCCCGGGAGACAACAAUCACUAUGUGGAGGGAGAGAGCCGCUACGUCUGGAUGCCUGAUGGUGAAGGCAAACCUGUCCUAGUGGACCUCGAAGAGCCCGUCGAUCAAGCUCUGUUGAACUCUAGGAACGGAGCAAACAACCAAUACUGGCUGUUCACCAGGCGCAACCCUAACAACGCUCAAGUUAUUGUCAAUGGCAAUGCCAACACCAUCUGGUCUUCAAAUUACAAUGGCGCCCGCCCCUUGAAAAUUAUCGUCCACGGAUGGAAUAACAAUGGAAACACUGCCAUGAACCCUCUCAUCACAUCUGCCUUCCUCGCUGUUCAAGACGCUAAUGUCAUCGUUGUUGACUGGCGCGCUCUCGCUAACUCCAACUACAACACUGCCGCUGCUGGUGUCCCCAAUGUAGGCCAGCAUCUUGGAAACUUCAUCAACUGGUUGAUCAACACCGCUGGUGGUAAUUGGAACCAAGUCCACUUCGUUGGCUUCAGUUUGGGUGCUCACGUUGUUGGAAACGCUGGACGUCAAGUCAGCGGUCGUGCUGCUCGUGUUACUGGUCUUGACCCUGCCGGGCCUUCAUGGACUAACAAUGUCAAUGCUUUGAACCGUAACGCUGGCCAGUACGUCGAAGCAAUUCAUACUGAUGGAAAUAUCCUUGGUAUCAUGAACGCCGUUGGAGAUGCUGACUUCUACCCUAACGGUGGUAAAAACCCUCAGCCUGGUUGCUGGAUCAGCACCUGCUCUCACGGCCGCGCUACUGAGUUGUUCGCCUCCACUGUGCGUCACAACCACUUGAUUGGAAGACAGUGCCCUAACAUCUGGGAGGCUGAACUCGGAACCUGCAAUGGUGCAUCGCUUCACAUGGGUAAUGCCAUCGUGAACAAGCGUGGUGCCGGUUUAUACGCACUCAGGACUGGAUCAAGCUGGCCUUUCUAAACUACGACGACGAAUAAAUAGAAUCUUCUGUAAAGUAAAUUAUGCUACUGAUUAAUUAUUUUUAAAUAAUUAAAAUAAUUUUAAAACAGA